CAUUGCAACAUCCAGCUUGAUGGUGGCAGUGGCAGUAAUCUCUAUUUCGUCAUUUCUGAAAACUAGGAGUAGCAACAGAAGCAAGCGGAAAGUUGUCGUAGAAAAGCAUCUUAUGUCAAGACUUUUUCUUAAAAGGAGAAGACAGCAUGGGAAUAGGCAACUCCACACCUGAACCCAGCCUUGACAGCCAAGUCAUCCACUCCGCGACAGCCCCAACGACUAGCUCUGCACCCUGUCCCUCUAACCACCCCACACAAGAACAUUUCAUCUUGGCCUUUUUUGCUGGGGUUCUAAUGACACUGCUGCUGGUGGCCCUUGUUGUCCUCAUCAUAAAGAGCUACAAAAAAUGUCAUUCCACUCCCCAGGCCUCAGAUCCUCACUCAGACCCUCCAGCCAAGAUUUCACCCAUCCCAGAGGAGUCACUUACCUAUGCCAGCAUGAUUUUCAAAACCACGGAAGAAAACAGUCACUUGACUAAGAGCCAAUCUGCAGACAUGGACCCUGUUGUCUAUGCUCCAAUUAAACUGGCACACUCUCCUUGCCUUUCCAGUGAGGCUUGAGCCCAGUCCCUCUCAUCUCAGCUCUGCCUUUGUGCAUUACAUUCCCCUUUUCACAAAUUUUGGAGCACAGCCUGUAUGAAACUGUCAUUGGGACUGUUUAGGUACGAUCUGGCAAUGCUCCCCAGUUUUAAAGACCAGUGGUCAGUGUUUUUUCUAGCCAGAGAAGAGAUUACUGAUCUUUCACUUGAACUGACAGCUUGUUAGCUACUCAAGGGCUGAAACUGCCUUCCUUGGUCCUUCCAAAGCUCAUGGAACAGAGUUAGGUA